AAAGUCAUUUCCAAUCUCAAGUGGACUUUGUUCCAACUAUUGGGGGCGUCGCUCCCCCUCUUCAUGGUCGGGGGCAAACUUCCUCCUCGGCGCCGCUUCUAAUGGAGCCCCACCUGCUCGGGCUGCUCCUCGGCCUCCUGCUCGGUGGCACCAGGGUCCUCGCCGGCUACCCAAUUUGGUGGUCCCUGGCCCUGGGCCAGCAGUACACGUCCCUGGGCUCGCAGCCUCUGCUCUGCGGCUCCAUCCCAGGCCUGGUCCCCAAGCAACUGCGCUUCUGUCGCAAUUACAUCGAAAUCAUGCCCAGCGUGGCGGAGGGCGUGAAGCUGGGCAUCCAGGAGUGCCAGCACCAGUUCCGGGGCCGCCGCUGGAACUGCACCACCAUAGACGACAGCCUGGCCAUCUUUGGGCCCGUCCUGGACAAAGCCACCCGCGAAUCGGCCUUCGUGCACGCCAUCGCCUCGGCCGGCGUGGCCUUCGCGGUCACGCGCUCCUGCGCAGAGGGCACCUCCACCAUCUGUGGCUGCGACUCCCACCAUAAGGGCCCCCCCGGCGAGGGCUGGAAGUGGGGCGGCUGCAGCGAGGACGCCGACUUCGGGGUGCUGGUGUCCCGGGAGUUCGCGGACGCCCGCGAGAACCGACCGGACGCGCGCUCGGCCAUGAACAAGCACAACAACGAGGCGGGCCGCACGACCAUCCUGGACCACAUGCACCUCAAGUGCAAGUGCCACGGGCUGUCGGGCAGCUGCGAGGUGAAGACCUGCUGGUGGGCCCAGCCCGACUUCCGCGCCAUCGGCGACUUCCUCAAGGACAAGUACGACAGCGCCUCGGAGAUGGUGGUGGAGAAGCACCGCGAGUCGCGCGGCUGGGUGGAGACCCUCCGCGCCAAGUACGCGCUCUUCAAGCCGCCCACCGAGAGGGACCUGGUCUACUACGAGAACUCCCCCAACUUUUGCGAGCCCAACCCCGAGACGGGCUCCUUUGGCACCAGGGACAGGACUUGCAACGUCACCUCCCAUGGCAUCGACGGCUGCGACUUGCUCUGCUGCGGCCGCGGCCACAACACGAGGACGGAGAAGCGGAAGGAGAAGUGCCACUGCAUCUUCCACUGGUGCUGCUACGUGAGCUGCCAGGAGUGCGUCCGCAUCUACGACGUGCACACCUGCAAGUAGGGAGCCAGGGGCGCUGGGAACGGUGAAGCGUGCGGCUGGGCAGAUUCACUGAAGUCCUGAGCAGGACCUAAGCCAGCUCAGCCCUCAGCAUCCGACAGCAAGGAAUCCGGACUGUUGCCAGAUGCACGUGUGGUAAAUUGCCUGGACCCAACCGCCCGCUGACUGGGAGGCCUUCCUCCCUCUCUCAUCUUAAGUUUCUCACCCGACUCUGGAUGGUGUAUGGUGUUUAAAGAAGGGGCUUUCUUUUUAGUUCUCUGGGGUCUGAUAGGAACAGAUCCGAGGCUUAUCUUUGCACAUGUUAAAGAAAAUAAAAAUGGAAAACCA